AUGCAGGACCCUACUCCGACCAAAGCAGACGUGCCGGUGUCGUCGGUGUACGACAGUUUUGCUGAGAAGCAGUUGUUGGCAGCGCUGUACAGCCUCAUCUGUUUGAUGGGAGUGGUGGGCAAUAGUUCUGUCUUGCUGGCCGUGAUUCUCUCUCGUAAACCCCGCACCACCACUAACGUCUUCGUGGUCAACUUGGCCGUAGCGGACCUCCUUUCGUGCCUGAAUCUUCCCAUCAUGAUCCUGGCGGUGCUGAGCGACAGCAGGGAAGAUUUGCUCGUUUCAGAGAGUCUCUGCGCUGUUGAGGGAUUCCUGCUCCUCGUGUGCGUGUGGACCAGCCUGAACAACAUCACGAUCUUCGCCGUUUACCGCGCCUUUAUCACUCGCAGGAAAAACCGCAGCCGUUUGUUUAACCGUCGUCGUCUUGCUGCUCUGGUUGUAACAACUUGGCUCGUUCCCUUCGCAGUGGGACUCGUACCCACCGUCAUGUACGGAUUCAGCUCGUACGGAUACGAUGAUAAACUAAGCACCUGUACCUUCAGCCCAGCUUCAGAGGGCACCGGUGCAUUCUCCAGAAUCACGACUGCCCUCUUCUACCCGGUUCAACUUACUGUUACCUUUGCUAGUUAUGCAGUUAUCUUAUACACGGUGAGGCAGCACGUCGGUAGAGUCGACGCCAUUCCCAAGCAGCCCCUAGCCGUCGUUAGUGGAGUCAUGAGCCUCACUUCACAGUCCAGAGGGCCACAACAACUAGUCCAUGAGGAAGUUCCAGGGCACAGCCAGCAGCUGCGGGCGCCUACUUCAAACCUACUCUGGUCAGGUACACACAGAUCUUUGCACGCCCACCCUCUCCCAACACGCUCCAGCACCGACAGAAGGCAAGCUCGACGCCAAUCUCGUCGAAACAUCGACAUCAAUCUGAGUUUGUUCCUCGUCGUGUUCUUCUUCGUGAUUUGUUGUGGUCCCUACCCGGUAUUGUUGAUUCUACUCGGGGACAAGUCCAACAAAGUCGUCCCGUUUUUCGCGGCAAUUUUGGUCAGCAACAGCUGCAUAAACCCCGUGAUUUACACGGCGCGGCACCCAGACUUCAAGACAGUCAUCCGCUGUAUCUUACUGUGUAGACUCUCCAAGAUACCCAUGAAAUCGGCGUUCCUCCGGCGCAUACUGUCACGGUUAGGCUGA